GCCAUAGUUGAAUCGAUAUCUGCGUAAUUAAGUAAUCAAACAAUUAACAGUGACAUUAUAAUGUUGUAAUGUUGAUCGAUAAGAGUGAGGGGAAAAAAAUUGACAAAGAAAAAAUGAAAAAAAAGAAAAAUAGAAAAAAAAGAAAUUCACGAACGAAACAAAAAGAGACGAGAAUUUCUUGAUUGGCAUGAUCGUUCGAAAUUCAUUGAUAUCGUUGUCUUUCGUUCUUCUGUUGAUAAAUGCAGGUGGCAGACCAGUACUGGGAACCUUUGGAUGUUAAAACCCAUAUGCUGAUUUUAUUGCUACCGCUGAUUUUGAUCAAUUACAUUAGGAACCUCAAGUUACUGGCGCCGUUCUCCACCUUGGCGAACGCGAUCACGUUCGUUGGACUGGCGAUGAUCCUAGUGUACAUGUUUAACGAUCUGCCGUCGGUCAACGAGAGGGAGAUGUUCGGUACAUUGAGAAAUUUCUCCCUCUAUUUCGGUACCACGUUGUUCGCCUUGGAGGCUGUCGGUGUGAUAAUCGCACUGGAGAACAAUAUGAAAACGCCGCAAUAUUUCGGAGGAUACUGCGGCGUCCUGAACAUAGGAAUGACGGUGAUAGUGGCCUUGUAUAUUCUCAUAGGGUUCUUCGGUUACAUAAAAUACGGAUCUAAGGCUGGUGGUAGCGUUACUUUUAAUCUGCCAUCGGAAGAAGUAAUGGCACAAAGUAUCAAAAUAAUGUUCGCCAUAGCCAUUUUCAUCACGCACGCUUUACAAGGAUACGUUCCAGUUGAAAUUAUCUGGAACACUUAUCUCGAUCAGAAGAUACAGAAGAGAAAGAUUUUCUGGGAGUACGUCUGUCGAACCAUUAUCACUUUGGCCACGUUCACAUUGGCCAUCACCGUUCCCAGGCUGGGCCUCUUCAUCUCACUGUUCGGUGCACUCUGUCUCUCCGCCCUUGGAAUCGCGUUUCCAGCGAUCAUCGAGAUUUGCGUGCUCUGGCCGGAACGAGACUUCGGACCUUGCAUGAUCAUGUUCAUCAAGAACAUCUGCCUGAUCGUGUUCGGCCUGCUGGGCCUCGUGAUCGGCACGUACGUGAGCAUCGUCGACAUAAUAAACUCAUUCAAAUGAAACUCGCGAGCGGCACUGGGCAGGAAUGGAUCGAAGGAUGGCAGACAGAGUUGGAAACGAGAGGGAGAGCAGAGGGGAAAGAGAACAGAGAAAGGGGAAGAGAGUCGAAGAACUUUUUGGAAAAGAAACGCUUGUUCGAGUAUAUCGGCGACAAAGUCGAUAUGAACUUUCGUCAAAUGUUUUACAGGUUAACCCAUCAAGGGCCAAAUCGUUGCGUUUUAUUUCGUUUAGCCAUGAGGAGGAUAUUUACUUGAUAUUCAAAUAUUUUAAUAUUUUAAAAAAUUAAUAUUUUAAGAGUCACGCCAUUAUUUCAAGAAUGACGAACCGAAUAAACAUAUUAUUCUUAUUUAGACAGACGUUACCUGAAAUAAUUAUGUUUAUUUCCUUUGGAUUGUUUCGUUACUCGGCCAUUAGACGAUACAUCUUUUAUUUGAAUAGUUUUCUCGAAUAUUUUUAAAUUCUUGUGUAUUUAUACAUUAUGAACGGGUCAUUUUUUUUUUUUUUUGAUGAUAAAGUAGUCGAAAUAAUUCGCAAAAACAACUGUUCAGGAUUUUAAACAUUUUAACACUGCAACCACAAGAAAGAAUUUUAAAAACAAUCUAAAUAUUUUGAUAUCGAGGAGAAAUUUCAAGAAUAAUUGCUUGAUAUUUUUCAAUGUAUGAAAAAAUAUUAUUAUCAUCAUCUGGCUGGACAUUUAAAGAAAUAAAAAUAUGUACAACUAAUUACGAUAGAACUGCUGGUUGGUCCUUGAUGGGUUAACGAACGGCGCGAUUUAGAUAAACAGGUUAUCGCCAAUGCGGCUGGGAGUCGUUCUUAGUGGAAAAGGAAAAAAAAAAAAAAAAAAAAGAAAA